AUGGCAAGAUUUGUAUCAAGUCUUGAUGCUGCAGAAGAAGUAUUUAACGAAAUAAUGUUUAUGAAAGGCCAAACACCUGGAACAUCAUCUAAAAUACGUCCAUUUUUUGCUACAAAAGUAAUUAGAGAUUCAAUUAAGCACUUUUUAGCAGAUCCAAUAAUGAUCCAACUUGAUGCCCCUUGUAUAGUAGUUGGAGGCUUGUUUGGCGAUCUAUAUGACUUACUUCUUAUCUUUGAAACGUAUGGAUAUCCACCAAACAGAAAAUACGUAUUUUUAGGAGAUGUUGUUGGAUCUUUUCCACAAAGCCCGGAAACUAUAAUACUACUAUGCAGUUUAAAGAUUCAAUUUCCAACUUAUUUAUACGUUAUUCGUGGUUAUCACGAAAUGCGUGAUGUAAAUAAGAAUAGCACAUUUUGUACAGAAUCUAUAAAUCGUUUUGGACCAGAAUUUUAUGAAUGCUGCAAUGAACUUUUCGAUGACCUUCCUUUGUUAUGCCAAAUAUCAGAGAAAAUGCUUUGUGUAUCAUCUGGUGUCCCUGCUGAUGUUGCGUACCUGGACCAAUUCGCAAGCUUGACACGACCUUUGGAACCUUCAAAAACUCCAUUUGUUAAAGAAAUGCUAUCUUUACAACCAGAUGUAGCAACUAAUGAAUGGGAAAUCAACAAAAAGUCUACACAUCCUUUGAUGAAACUUGAUUUUAUUCAUGAAUUUACAGAUCGUAAUAAUCUCGAAGUUAUUAUACGUUCCCACAAUGUUGUUAAAGAUGGAUACGAGUUUCCAUUUGAUGGAGAUCCAAAACUUCUCACAAUUUCAACAAAACCUUCAUAUUUGUUCAAAAAUUUCGAAGGAAAGCCAGUGGAAAAGUGCGGAAUAAUUCUUGAGAUAGAGACAUCUUUGAAAUCACUAUUCAGAACCAUCCACCCUCUUCCUUACGAAUACAAAGAAUAUUACAUGUCUAAAUCAGAGAGGGCUAAACUUAAAAAGGCAGAAGCAGAUAUCCUUCGUCGCUGA